GCGACCACGAAUCUCAUGCAUCUCAUUCUCAUCUCACUCGUGUUCUAGAUAGAAUGGCUCUAGCCUUCUGUUGGCUUACUCGCUUGCUUGGCAUUUCGCACUAUCACACCUCAACAUGUUCACUCGCUAAUCACUGCUGCUGCUGCUACUGCUGCACGACCAAAGUAAUUAUUUCGUUCGCUCGCUAGCUCCGACUCAUUUUACUGUAUCGUUCGGCCGUGUUCAAACACACGUUUAUACUUCAGAGUCAGAGUCAGAGUCAGAGUCAGAGUCAGCAGAGCCAGUGUCAGUGUCAGUGUCAGAGCUAAAAACUAAAACUUUAUGUGGACAAAUCCAAUCUUGAUAAUUACACCUCUAGCCUCUGUCUCGGCAAUAGACUAGCUUCAUCUCCGCCGUUCAGUUUGUCGGUCUUGUUUGGCCCUCGAUUGUUCGUAGCUUCUAGGGCCAUGCCUGGUCUGUCUGGUCUGGAAUUGCUCGCCUAUACUAGUAACGAGACCAAGACCUUAUUCUUCUUACUCGCCUACCGACCUUGUCCAUACUACUUUUUUUUUUUUUUUUUUUCAAUUUUUUGCUAGACCUUCCCUUACGUCAAAAGUUGCUUCUGCUCAACGCCGGGCACUUUUCUUCUUUAAUUUUCUCUCCCUUUCUUCGUCAUCAUCAUCAUCAUCUUCUUCUUCUCCUCGGACUCCAGACUCAUAGUGAUCGCCGGCCUAUCUCCGCUCCUCCACUACUCUCAACCCUCACCGAUUCUUCUCGUGGCCGAUCCAUUGACAUUGACAUCACUGAAAGGGAGCCCUACAAAUCUGACUUAAAGGGAGCUCCAUAAUCGGCAACGGGGACGGAACCACCACCAUUCGCGAUCCGAGACGACGACUGCCUACCUACCUACUGAAUCUCUGAUACGACGCGGAGUCAAUUAACCUCCUACCACUUUCCUUAUUCUUUGUCACGUAUUUAUUUGCAACUACUGCUGCAGCGCCCAUGAUAUUAAAUACCCUGGUCAUCAGUGCAGCCAAAAAGGGAAUAUAACAUUUGUAGUCAGUCGCAAACACAACAAAGGAGAAAGAAAAGUCGCCAAAAGUUGAAAAUCUUUUACCGCUCGAGAUCCGUCAGAUACGACAACGACCAAUUCGCCGUCGCAUCACCCAGAACGAACGGCGCGCAACCUUUAUCUUGCUGUAUUAUACCUCCAAUCCCUACCAACCAUGCCUCACACCCGAGAUGCGGACAGCGCAUCGUCGUUGGGCGGCCAAUCAAAACGACCUCCGCUCAACCAUCAGGAGAGUGAUUCGCAGAGCGAGAGCAGCGGUGUUAACCAACAACACCAACACCAGCAGCAGCAUCGGAGACCCCAUCGUCAUCACCAGCGACAGCACACUGUUGGUCACCUCCACCACGCCCGCGGCCCAGCAUCAAAAACUGCCCCGAAGCAGCCUAAGCUCAGCCGUCGCCAUACCGAUACCCCCGAUCAGAUCGAGCAGCAGCAGCAACACCGAAUCUCCUCCGGUCCCAAUUCUCAUCGACGAGCUCUCAGCGACGCAAAACUCUCUUCUCGCGAGUCUUCGUCUGGCAACCUUACCAAGAGCGCAUCUCAAUCCAGGCUGACCAAGAACUCUUCCCACACAAAGCUCGACAAGAGUUCUUCCCAGACAAAACUGGUCAAAAGUCCCUCGCACACGAGAAUCGUCAAGAGUCCUUCCCACUCAAAACUUAAGCGCAAUCGCUCGCAUACAGAAGUCGGGAAGCGCACUCGGUCUGCAGAACUGAAGCGAGCUUCAAGUACUACAAUUGUUUAUCAGCCUCAAAUCUCUCACGGCAAGUCACAGGUCCAUUUCGAUUUGGGUAACGAGGAGGACGAAUGGGUCGACGCGAGUGGCUCUAAUUCCCCCUACCUCUCCCGCAAGGGUUCUCUCAACAGUAGUAACCACUCCGUGCACCACCCCGACGACCGCACUGGCGGAUCAAGACCGGCUACACCCAACGAUUCCGCCGCUCCAAAGCUGGCCGAGCAACCACAACACGAGCCGGGGCAGCGGAACUCAACGAGCCCCGAGUUGGAGACGAUACAUCACAAGGAGUAUCUCACUUCCCGCAUAUUGCAGCGCACUCCGUCCCACGGAGCUCCGCCCCAGAUGAGCGCAGAUCUGGCGCACAUCUCUCCUCGCCAUUUUGCGCCAGCCUCUGCUGAUGCCAUAGGGUCAGGAACUCUUGCGGGAAGUAAUCAGGAUGAAUUGACAUCCCGGUUUGUCGAGGCUGUUGGCUCUGGAUUGACUAGUGAGGGAUCCUUCUACCGGCCACCUCGGGGAGACUUUCGCAGAUACGAUGACGCGCCUAAAAAACCUCGUUCUGUGACCAGCCUGCAAGGCGACCGUGAGGAGCGCCGAGAACCCCCAACAAGCGCACCAAAAGACGACAUUGAUGAUAGCGCACUAGCGCCCAAGGCGGCCCGACGGGCUGCGCCGCCUGCCGCUCAAACAUCGCGAACACAGCAGAAGCUUAACCUGCAGCGAGCCAGUUCCGUGAUUGAGCCUGGGCAAGCAGUUGGUGGUGUCGGAGGUGUAGUCGGUCAUUCUCCACUCAUCGGUGUCGGUGGUCCCGGAUAUGACGGAGGUAACAGUCGAGAUCCACGUGUAGGCAAGCUCUUGGAGCGUACAGGCAUGGAGUAUCUCGUUGUUCGAAGGCAUCUCAACCCCAUUUCUCGUUCACUCGAACGUCUCAACCAUCUCCCCGGUAUGGACAAAUCAUUGCGCAUCCCACGACCUGGCACCGCUUCGACAAACGGCAAGCGUUCCACAGACCUCACCAUGCGCCAGCACACCCGCAACGUCAGCAUGCCCGAUUCUCGACGACCGAUGACGCCGAAACGCCCUGCCUCGGUACGGACAACCAACGGUGCCUCGUCGAGCUACGACGGCAACGACGACGAUGGUAGGCUUACUGACCGACUGAGCGGAUCAAGUCUGGUUGGCGGUGAAGAGGAAGAUGGUACCGCAGCCAUACUGAGGAACUUGUGGGACAAGUCUAUGGAAUUGAGUGCCAGUACGGAUUAGGAGUUCCCUUUCGUUUCUUCGUAAUUCUAAAGAUCAAGGCGUUAUGGUGCGGUUAUGGGAUAGGAAGUGCUCAAUAGGCACCUAAAGAUAGAAAGGCGUGAAUCAAGACAGCGUCAAUUUAGACGGUAUUACGCGGAGAUGUAGACUCACGAUAUUAUUACGUGAAAGCGGUGGUUUAUUGUUAGAAAGGGGACCAGCCUAUAUAAUAAUUCAAUGAAAUUACGCACAUCUAAGAGUAGGUC